ACGUAAAGUGGGAAGGAGGAGGUGAAAGGGAGAGAGAUGGGGAAUUGCCAAGCGGCGGAGGCGGCGACGGUGGUGAUCCAACACCCGGGAGGCAGAGUGGAGAGAGCGUAUUGGUCCCUCACAGCCAGCCAAGUCAUGGCCGCCAACCCGGGUCACUACGUGGCCGUCAUCAUCGUCGCGCCUCCUCCUUCAGCGCUGAAUUCCGCCGCCUCCUCCUCCUCCGCUUGUCAUGACAGCGGCGGUGGCCGCGGUGCGAGGGUGAAACACCUCAGGCUGCUCCGUGCUAACGACACGCUCCACAUCGGCCAUGUCUACCGCCUCGUCAGCUUCCAAGACGUACCGAGGGAGUUUGCGUCGAAGAGGCACGUCAGGCUGAGUCGCCUGCUCGCGAAACCGACGGAGAUGACGUCCCCCAGUUCCACUAGAGGAAACGGCAGCGGCCCCGCCUCUGCCGGAGGCCGGCGGCAUCAGUCACGUCGAGUGUUCGAGCCCGUCGGGUCACCGGCGACAGUGGAGGAGGAAGCAAAAGCGGCUACAGAGCUGGAGGAGGUGGUGCGCGGGAUGAUGGCGGCGGAAACCACCGCCGCCACUCGGACAACGAGGGCCAGAGCUGGUGGAGCAGCACCGGCACGGCAUGGGCGGUGGAGGCCAGCCUUGCGGAGCAUUGCCGAGGUCGGAAGCUGAGCUACUUUUUACGUCUCUUCUAGAGCAUAUGCAUCAGCAAAGGCGAAGCAGAAGCAGCAGUGUCGUCUCUGUUGUCCUCCCUGCGAUCUGUAGUAGUAUUCUGCUGUGGAUCAAACAUGGUGGCAGACAAAAGAGCGUUCUCCGUAUGUUUGUCGUUUUCUCGUUUGAUUCCGAUGUUUUGGCAUCUUGAAAAGCUCUCAUGGUUUUGGAGGCUUUGGUA